AUGGCGCGGGGCGGCGCGCCCGGCGGGUCCGGCGUUCACGGCGCGCGAUCGGGCCUCGGGUUCAGUUCAUCGUCGGGCGGCAGCAACGAUGACGCGGCGAAGCUGUACGUGGGCCACCUCCCGAGCACGAUGAACGCGGAGCGCAUGCUGGAGAUGUUCAAACCCUUCGGUCGCGUGCUGCAGAUUGACGUCAUCCCGGACAGGGAGCGGCAGCUGUCGUGCAAGGGAUUCGCGUUCGUCCUGUUCUCCACGCCGGAGGAGGCGAUCGCCGCCAAGGCGCUCAACGGACACGUCGUCGAAGGGAAGAGCAUCGACGUGCGGCUCAAGGCUGAGCCGAGGGCGCCGCGCGAGCCCGUCAAUGCGCCCGUCGCGCCCGUCAACGACGACGCGAAACUCUACGUGGCGUACAUGCCCGACCACUACAGGGCGGAGGAACUCAAGAUGCUGUUGCAACCGUACGGACUGCCCUCCGACGUCAGGGUCAUCACGGACAGGGAGACGGGGCGGUCGCGCGGGUUCGGGUUCGCGCAGAUGAUGGACGAGCAGCAGGCCAUGGCCGCCAUCCAGGGUCUCAACGGCCAAAUGCUGGACGGCAAAACGCUCGUGGUUCGAAUCGCGGGGGCCAAGCCGCCG